ACUUCACAUCUGCACUCAGCACAGCUGACCUGGUCUGGUGCAUACAGUCAAAAUGCUUUCUAUAUUACGAAAAGCAAGGUUAAAGGAUAAAGAGAUGAGGAUAUUGAUGCUGGGCUUGGACAAUGCAGGCAAAACAACGAUUGUGAAGCAGGUCAUGAAUGAGGAUGUGACCACAGUCAGUCCGACAUUGGGAUUUAUCAUCAAGACAAUUGAUUUUCAAGGAUACAAGUUGAAUAUAUGGGAUGUGGGCGGGCAGAAAACACUGCGGUCAUACUGGCGAAACUACUUUGAAAAGACCGACGCGCUGAUCUGGGUUGUGGACGCAACUGAUCGGUUUCGCAUCGAUGACUGUCGCGACGAGCUGGCUGGGCUGCUGCUUGAAGAGCGUCUGACGGGAGCCAGCCUUCUUGUGUUCCUGAACAAAACGGACGUCGAGGGCUGCAUGACGGAGGAUGACAUUCGCACGGGCCUCCAGCUGGACCUGAUCAAGACGCACAGGUGGACGAUCGUCCCGUGCAGCGCGAUGACGGGCAGGAACCUGUACGAGGGCCUCGACUGGGUGGUGCAGGACGCCAAAGACCGGCUGUUUCUGUAUUGAGGCAGUGAUAGAUGUAUAUCUGUAUACUACUCGCCUGGUAUUAACCUAAUAACUAUAUACGACUGCUUGGGCCUGACUAAGCAGGUAUUCUACGGAAGGCACCUCGAGUGGUCCACGCAGGAAGGAGCCAUGGGCGGGCAGGCUCCUUCCCCGAGAGAGACACAUCAUGUGACGUGUGAGGCGAUACGUCAAUUAUAGUAUCAAUUGUCAAUAAUAUCUACACGGUGAAAAUAAUAUUGAC